AUGUCUAUAAGCGAUCUUCAGAAGUGGUCUCAUCUAUGUGACGUUCCAGUGGAGAGAAUUGAUAGUGAUGUGGGACUGCUGAUAGGAAUCAAUGUGCCAAAGGCAAUGGAACCUUGGGAUAUUGUUUCCAGUAGCGAGAACGGUCCCUUCGCUGUAAAAAAAACAUUGUUGGGAUGGGUUGUUAAUGGACCGCUUGGCCUAUCCCCGACAGAUGAGGCAUCAAACAGAUUUGUCAAGGCUAACCACAUCGACGUACAAUCUGUUCCGAGCUUGGAGGAACAGAUGCGCAAUCAAUUUGAUCAUGACUUUAAUGAGGGAACUAUCGACGACGUGCCACAGCCCUCCAGAGAGGAUCGUCAGUUUAUAGACAUCAUGACAGAAUCAGCAAGUAUCCAGAAUGGACAUUACGUGAUUAAUUUACCAUUCAAAUCAAAGGAAGCUGUUAUGCCGAACAAUAUCAAGCAGGCCGAGCAAAGACUCGCAUCGCUUGCCCGACGCUUAGAUAAGGAUGAACACUUUCGUUGCGAGUAUACCAAAUUUAUGGACAAGGUCAUAGGUGAGGGAUAUGCUCGCAAAGUACCACUAGAGGAAAUCCAUAAAGAUGAUGGACAUGUUUGGUACUUGCCACACCACGGUGUGUAUCAUCCUAGAAAACACAAACUGAGAGUUGUAUUUGACUGCGCAGCAAGAUAUAGGGGAACUUCUUUAAACGAUCAACUGUUACAGGGUCCCAACCUUACAAACACUCUAGUCGGAACCUUGAUCAGAUUCAGACAGGAAGAGAUCGCCAUUAUGGGAGAUAUUGACAGUAUGUUUCACCAAGUUCAUGUACCCCCGCAGGACGCAAACUUUCUCCGAUUUCUUUGGUGGGAACAUGGAGACACACGCCAGCAAGCGUCAGAGUAUCAAAUGGUUGUACACCUGUUUGGAGCUACUUCCUCUCCAAGCUGUGCAAACUUUGCUCUCAGAAAAACUGCGCAUGAUUGCAAGGGACAUUUCAAUGACGAGGUUAUCAAUACCGUACUGAAGAAUUUUUAUGUUGAUGACUGCCUCAAGUCUCUGAAAACUGUAAACAAGGCCAAGUCCUUGGUUAAGGACUUGAAAGACGUUCUACACAGAGGUGGUUUUCAUAUCGCCAAAUGGAUCAGCAACAGUAGAGAAGUUAUGAGUUCAUUACCCGUCGAUGAAAGAGCAAAGGAGGUCAAAGACUUGGAUUUGGAUCAGGAUACACUACCUAUUGAACGAGCUCUCGGGGUACAGUGGUGUAUAGAGUCGGACAUAUUUCGUUUCAAGAUAGUCAUUAAGGAUCAACCACUUACAAGACGUGGGAUUCUGUCCAUGGUCAGUAGUGUGUAUGAUCCCCUCGGAUUCCUAGCCCCAUUUGUACUCACAGCAAAGGUUAUAUUACAAGAACUCUGUAAACUACAAUUGGGGUGGGAUGACCAGGUCCCCAAUGGGUUUCAAGAUCAAUGGUGUUUAUGGAUUAAGGACCUUCAGAAAUUAUCUGAUUUUAAAGUAGACAGGUGCAUAAAGCCGCCAGGUUUCGGAGACAUACAAUCUGCUCAACUCCAUCACUUCGCUGACGCCAGCGAAACUGGGUAUGGGACAGUGAGUUACCUGCGUAUGAAGAAUGCAGAAGGCAAAACCCAUUGCACGUUCGUCAUGGGUAAGUCGCGCGUGUCGCCAUUAAAGCAAACAACUAUACCACGUUUGGAGCUGACAGCAGCUACAGUCGCGAUUCGUACGGACAAAAUGUUGAAGGACGAGUUAGAUAUCUCUAUUAACCAAACCAUAUUCUGGAAGGACAGCAUGGCCGUACUGCGAUACAUACGGAACACUACGGCAAGAUUUCACAAGUUUGUUGCGAACCGACUAGCUUUGAUCCAUGAAGGAUCUGAUCCUGAUGAUUGGCGCUACGUCAACACGAAACUCAAUCAUGCAGAUUUUGCAUCGAGAGGCCUCCCCGCCGAUAGCUUCUUGCAGAGAAAGCAGUGGAUAGAGGCACCUGAAUUCCUGUGGGAGGAAGAGGACUCGUGGCCAGAAGCCCCCUCUGAAAUAUCAAAGGAAGUCAUAGGUGAAGAUCCAGAGGUCAAGAAGGUCGCUGUUAGAACAAUCAUUUCAACAACACCUACCUCAGAAAGUGUCGUAGACAAACUGAUCAACCGUCAUUCCUCAUGGCAUGUUUUGAAACGGAGUGUCGCUUGGAUUCUCAAAAUUCGUAGGGAAUUGCGUCGGAAAGUCCAGCAUAAAAGGAAGGGCGGAAGUGAUCAUAAUGAACAACCAACGGGCUAUCACUCCCACCAUGAUUCCGACAAGUUGGCAAGCAUAUCGGCUCAAGACUUGGACGAUGCAGAGAAUGCCAUUCUCAGUUAUAUUCAGCAUCAGUCAUUUGCUGUGGAAAUAGAUACGCUUAGGAAGGGACGAUCAUCCGUGAUGCGUACUAGCUAUAUCAGAAAGCUCGACCCAGUCCUUGACAACGGCCUUCUGCGUGUUGGAGGUCGUUUAUCAAAAUCGUGCAUGCCUGGCGACAGCAAACACCCCGUAAUUUUACCAAAAAAUCAUCACGUGUCGAUCAUGAUCAUCAGACAAAUUCAUCAUGAACUUCAGCAUAGUGGGAGAAAUCAUAUGAUGGCUCGUUUGAGGGAAAGAUACUGGUUAGUCAAUGCCUCCUCGGCUGUAAGAUAA